AUGAUCAUGUACACCACACUAGCAAACACCGAACCCACACUCGUUGUCUCCUGCGACGACCAAAAGAUCAGCCGCAAGCGCUCUCGCAGCUGUGGCUUCACCGCCACUGUCACUGUCGUUCCCACUGUCUCCACUUCCAACAGCGACAACUGGUACAACGAUGCCGAGGCACAAAGCUUCAAGGCUAACGUCAAGCGCGAUGUCGUCUACUUGGCCAAGCUCUGCAAGGAAAACCGCCUCCGCGACAUGGACCACACUGAAUUCUGCUCCGUCGGUGUCGAGCGAUACUGCUGCGCUCCUGCCACCCGCAACCAAACCAAGGCCAUGAAGGAACAACGCGUCCGAGCUGUCCUCCAACAACAAGCCGCACAACGCGCCAUGGGCAUUUACGACCCCGAGGCCAUUCGUGCGGUCGCCACUGGAUACUCCGAGCAAUCACGCGACCGCGCUUUGCAAUUGGCCGCUCGUCUUUGCCAAUAA